CCCGCUCCACCCGCCGGCACGGAGGUGCGCGCCCCGGACGGCUCGCUGCUGUACCGCCUGCCGCGAGGGCUGGACGGGUCGCAAUAAACUGUUGAACUGGGUUCGGCUCCGCCCGCUCCUGGCGUUUGCAUAUUUGCCGGCGCGCCGGCGCAGCCCGCACAACGGCCAUGGGUUCGGAUGCAGCGCGGUUGCUGGAGGCGGCGGACUUCGCGGCCUGGAAACACAGGGAGCAGCGGCGGAAGGACCCCGAGGGCACCCCCUACAUCAACCACCCCAUCGGCGUGGCGCGGAUCCUGUCACACGAGGCGGGGGUCACGGACGUUGUGGUGCUGCAGGCCGCGCUGCUGCACGACACGGUGGAGGACACGGACACGACGCUGCCCGAGAUCGAGGAGCGCUUCGGGCCCGAGGUGCGGCGCGUGGUGGAGGAGCUGACGGACGACAAAACGCUGCCGAAGGCGGAGCGGAAGCGGCUGCAGGUGGAGCGGGCGGCGGGCAGCAGCGCCCGGGCCAAGCUGGUGAAACUGGCGGACAAACUGCACAACCUGCGGGACCUGCAGCGCUGCGCGCCCAAAGGAUGGUCGGAGGAGCGCGUGCAGGAGUACUUCCGGUGGGCGGCGGAAGUGGUGGCCGGCCUGCGCGGGACGAGCCCGCCGCUGGAGGCGGCGCUGCAGCGGCUGCUGGCGGAGCGCGGCGUGGCGCCGGGGCCGGGAACGGGGCAAUAA